GUUCAUUCAAGUUUAAGAGUGCGUGCGUGUGGAAAAAAAGAGGGAAUCUGGUUUUGUGUUGUGAGAGCAAAAUGUGGGCAAGCGCAGAAGGUGGUGCUCCGGAGGUUACUCUAGAAACUUCUAUGGGUUCCUUCACUAUUGAGCUGUAUUACAAGCAUGCACCUAGAACUUGUAGGAACUUCAUUGAACUGUCUCGUAGAGGUUAUUACGAUAACGUUAAGUUCCACAGGAUCAUUAAGGAUUUCAUAGUACAAGGUGGGGAUCCUACUGGGACAGGAAGAGGAGGAGAGUCUAUAUAUGGUGCAAAAUUUGAAGAUGAGAUUAAAUCAGAGUUGAAGCACACUGGAGCUGGUAUUUUAUCAAUGGCUAAUGCUGGCCGUGAUACUAAUGGUAGUCAGUUCUUUAUUACUCUCGCGCCAUGCCCCUCUCUCGAUGGAAAACAUACAAUAUUUGGAAGAGUAAGCCGGGGAAUGGAAAUCAUCAAAAGGCUUGGCAGUGUCCAAACAGAUAACAAUGACAGACCCAUCCAUGACGUGAAGAUACUCCGGACAUCAGUCAAGGAUUGAGAUGUGUUGCGUGUUAUGAUGUGAAGAAAUUGAAGUUUUAUUAUCAAUUCCUAAUAUAGUUAUGACUGGAAAAAUGACAUGGCAUAUUUGGCUUCAUGAUUAAGCACAAGAAUUGUAUUUUUUUGGUAUUAGUUUGGUCACACAGUGAACUUAAAACCAUGUGUAUGAGUAUCUUUUUAGAACUGUUUCUGUUUCUAUUUUACAAGAGUGACAUAA